AUGUGCUGCAGUUUCUUACUUUCUCAUUCUAAUACUUCUGAGCUCCCCGAACAAACCAACUUGGAUCUCCCUGGGGAUCUUCAAGAAGGAAUUUGUGUGCUUGAGUCAACAACGGCUUCAGUAUUCACUAACCGAGGUGAAGAAUAUAGUGUAGCCUUACCUUUCCAGGUUACCAAAUCCUGGGUAAUCAAAAAUGGGCUCCUUUUUGAAAGGUCUUUAUCAACAUCUGAGGCCCUUGCUCCCAAGUCCUCUCGCAGUGCACCCAAUCAGACAAUCCUGUUCAGCAUGCUGCACCCCCUCAAUGACAUUGCUCCAGUCAUCUCCCGUAGCUCCAACUGUGUCACACACAACAAAAUCAGCUAUUUCACUGACACUUCCCAACACAUUGUCUUCAGUUGCAUAAACCCUUCAAUCUUGCUUAUUUAUGACAUCAUCCUUGGCAUUCACUCAGUGUGGAAUGUCCGACGAGUUAAAGCUGAAGAGAGCAAUUCCUUGUUUGAAACUUGGGAUAUGUCCAGUUUUUAUCGGCCAAGCACUCCUCAACUGAACACCUCUUCUCUUAGCCAAUCACGGAUGAGUGGGCUAUCUCCUGGCAUGUCACCACUUCAUAACUUCUCUAACCGUACCUUUUCUCCAGGGUCCACUUCUUGUUCAGUUAGCCCAGUUCUCAGUGGCCAUUUAACAUCUUCAGGCAAUACAAGUAGCCGUACACAAUCUCCUUUGGCUUUUGCUUCAGCCACCCAAGCACGCCCAUUUUACAGUCCUAAUACACAGUCACGUUCACCCAUGACAUACAUGCGAUCACCACCAGGCUCACAAAACAUUUCUUUUAUGUCUGAAACUAUGAAUUACCGCAUUGAACCAGUUAAUCCAGAUGUGUGUCUUGAUCAUAUCUGGACAGAAUCGGGACCUUCAAAAUCUGAUGGGAUUCUCAGCAAAGCCAGCAAAGCUUUUAUCACGAAAGAUCUCUGUGAACAGAACUAUUUGUGUUACUUAAUCUCUCUUAAGCAGCAGCUACGGUGUGUCCGAUUUGAAGAGAGCAAUGACAGCUCACACCUCAUCUUUGGAGCUAUCAACACCAUCUCAGCAAAGGAUGCACUUCCUAUUGAGUCUCUCAAUCUAAUGCUAAUUCUCAGUAUUUCAGGCUCACUUAUUAUCUACAGUGGUACCACAAAGAUAAACAAAUUAUUUGUUCCAAUGUUGCCAUUGGCAGUGCUCCAUUCAGUGUCAUCAAUGACUCCUCACAAUAAUCCUGUUGGUCUUAGCAGCAUCAUCACAUCAAGCCGUCCAUCAACUAUCUCUGAUGCCCACUUUGAAGACCAAGUGUGUCACCUGUCACCUGUGAUGGCAUCUCCAGGAAUCUAUGAAGAUUGCAUCUUAGAUAGUCCUUCAAGAGAUUCGGAUUAUUUUUGUCAUGACAACACCAUUCGGUCCAUCCGAGAUAACACAGUUUCUCGAUUUACUAUAGAAACAACUGAUGGUCUUCUUCGUACAUCACUGCCACCACUUACUCUUUUGCCUGGUAUUAAAACUUGUCUCCAGGCCCUGCGCUAUAUUUUACCCAAGGACUGUGGGAUGCAGAUGUUAUCUCGUUGGUACACCACUCGUAAUGUGGCCAGUGGAGUAGAGAACCAAUCAGAAUGGGUAGUGUUUACUAGAUUUCUUCUUGGAUUGAUGGGCUUUGACAUAAGUCGUCUACCUUUGACCCAUAAGUAUGAGCUUGAUAACACUACAUCACCUAUUAUGGAAGUGAAACGAGCAAAGCCAUCAAACCAAGGCCGUGAAGCUGAUUGGGAAUACUUGACUAAUUCUGAUCACCACCAGUUUAUGACAAAAUACUUUGACUCUUCACUUGGUCUCCCUCCUGUUGAAGACGUCUCUGAGACGUACUACUCAAAACCCUGCACCAUCAAUGUAUCAGCACCUCUCUUUUCUUACAUUCCCAGUAUUCUCUUUGUUUUGCACUUAGUCUAUGAAGAACUAAAGCUUAAUUCCUGUCUUUCUGGUCAACUUGAACAUUUGUCAUUGAUGCUCUUCCUUUUGGCUAAUGACCUCAAAUGCUACCAUUACACUGACCACUACUGUCGGGAUUUCCCCCACCUUUUCAGCUCAGUCAAUAAAGGCCGCCAGAUCCACCCAGAACAGUGGGCCAAGCUCCAAUUUCCAGUUGCUUUCACACAGACUGCUCCAAAUAUCUUCCACUGGAUUUGCAAGACUCUCUCAGGUCUUAGCUGUGAACCAAUUCCAUACAUGCCUAACAUCUGUAAGCGAACACAAAAUGUGGUUGCCCUUUAUGCAAAACUUGUAGAUAAAAAUUGUCAACUUGAACCAAAGUAUCUUAAGAAACUGCCUCCCAUUGGAUAUAAAAUCAAUACCAUUAACUCUGCAUUUGCUGAGAACAUUGACAAGACAAAUAGUUUAUCAACUGCUGAAAAUAUUGUUUUGUUGAUGACAAAACUAAACAUCUCUAAACGAGAUUUGGAGUCCUUCCCAGUUGGUGUUGCACUACCUUUACGAGAAGCCAUUUUACAGUGUCGAUGGGACCCACCAUCUGAUUGGCCUGAAGAAGCUUACAUCUUGAUUGGGCGAAAGGACCUCUCACGAAUAAGCGCUUAUUCAAAAUGCCAUGCAGGAUCCUUUACUAAUGAAGGCAGGUAUGUAAAGGAAUGCCCAUCACUGAACAAAACCAAUAAAGAAGAUGAUGAUGGAAUGGGUCAUCUUGAUGAAGAACUGCUUCGAUUACGUUUCAGUGAAGACCUAAGGGUACAGGAAGUUCGGCACAUGUUACAGUCAUCAAAACCGGUGCGCAUCUCUCUGCAACAAAAACCUGAAGUCAGUGAUCAUGAGUUUAUUGAAGAGCAAGAACGUUAUCUCUAUGCCAUUUGUACAAGAACAAUGGCACUACCUGUCGGACGUGGCAUGUUCACUUUGUGCACUUUUCACCCUCUCCCAACAGAAGCACUGCCCAUCCCAAAACUAUGCCUAACUGGGAAGGCCCCACCACGUAACACAACAGUGGACCUUUCUCAUAUUGAAACUCCUUCAAAUAUGGCCACUUGGCCACAUUUUCACAAUGGAGUAGCUGCUGGUUUACGAAUUGCCAACUCUUCACAGAUCAAUUCCACUUGGAUUAACUACAAUCGUCCCAAAACUUGUGACUUCACAACUGAGUAUGCAGGUUUUCUUAUGGCCCUUGGUCUGAAUGGUCAUUUGGCUCAUUUGGCUACCCUGAACAUUCAUGAAUAUUUAAGCAAGGGUCAAGAUAUGACUACUAUUGGAGUUUUGUUAGGGCUGGCUGCCACCAAACGAGGCACAAUGGAUCAAGGUAUUACCAAGGUUCUCAGCAUACAUGUUCCAGCUCUCUUACCACCAACCUCUACAGAACUGAAUAUCUCCCAUAAUGUACAGGUGGCAGCUGUCUUAGGAGUUGGCCUUGUCUACCAAGGUACAAGUCACAGGCACAUUGCAGAAGUGCUUCUCUCUGAGAUUGGUCGUCCACCUGGACCUGAAAUGGAAAAUUGUACAAAUAGGGAGUCUUAUGCUACUGCUGCAGGACUUGCUUUGGGAUUGGUUAUGUUUGGCAAAGGAAGUGAAGCUGCAGGCCUUUCAGAUUUAGGCAUGGCUGACACCCUAUGUCAUUUUAUGAUUGGAGGUCAUAAGCGACCAAUAACAGGUCCCAACCGUGAGCGGUAUAGGUCUCCAAGUUAUCAAAUCAAGGAAGGAGACAGUGUGAAUGUGGAUGUCACUUCUCCAGGAGCAACUCUUGCCCUGGGGAUGCUUUAUUUCAAUACAAAUAAUACAGCUGUAGCAGAUUGGCUCAAGGCACCUGAUACACAGUUCACACUGGACCAUGUCAGGCCAGACUUUUUAAUGCUGCGGACUCUGGGACAUGGUUUGGUCAUGUGGGAUCAUGUAUUGCCAACCACUACCUGGAUUGAUAGCAACCUUCCAACCAUUGUCCAGAAAUAUGGCUUUAAGAGAGAAACUCAUAGCCGUGAUGAGGACAACAUUGAUUAUGAGACAAUGAGUCAGGCCUAUUGCAAUAUUGUUGCUGGGGCAUGCAUGGCAAUGGGAUUGAAAUUUGCUGGAACAGCUAAUGCAUUGGCUUAUCAAACAUUGUUGGAUUGCAUGAAGCGUUGUAUGUAUCUGCUGCCAGUCCUUCCUUUCUGUGAACAAGCUGGAAAAAGUACUGUUGAGAACUGUACAGUUGUCGUACUUCUUUCACUUGCUAUGGUCAUGGCUGGAACAGGUGACCUGGAUGUGUUGCGCAUUGGUCGAGCUUUAAGAAAGCGUGUUGGUCCCCAGCAUUCAUAUGCCACUUAUGGCUCCCACAUGGCUGUCAGCAUGGCCAUUGGGCUGCUCUUCCUUGGAGGUGGUCGCUAUUCACUAAGCACAAAGCCUGAAGCCAUAGCUGCCAUGCUGUGUGCUUUCUUUCCAAAGUUCCCAACCCACAGCAUUGACAACCGCUACCAUCUGCAGGCCUUCCGUCACCUCUAUGUGCUGGCAGUGGAACCACGUGUUCUGAUCCCUGAAAAUGUCAUCACACGCCAACCAUGUUAUGUCCCUGUUGAAAUAAGAUUCAAAGACACCAAAUUCUACAAAGACAUCUCCUAUAAAACCAUGGCACCAUGCUUGAUCCCGGAAUUGAGUCUGUUGAAAGAGGUCCGAAUUUUAGGUCCACGUUAUUGGCCAAUUCGUUUUGAUGUGGAAAAGAACUGGAAGACAUUGGAGCUUCUUUUAAAGAACAGUGGCAUUGUGUUUGUUAAGCAAAAGGCUGGUCAUUUGUCAUAUAGUGAGGAUCCCAAUGGUUACCAUGGUCACCUAGCCAAGUCUUUGAACAACAAUGAGUCCAGCUUUGAGUCUACAAAGCUCCACCCAAAUUCUAUCAAAUCUUUUACAUCAGAUGCUCGAAUACUGGCCUUUUCUGAAUUUUUCCUCUCCAAAAAUGAAGACAACAGUUGUGAUGCUCUUGCAUCAGUUGUGUAUAACUGUGCAUUUAAAGAAAAGCCAGAAGGAAUCCCAACACAGACUAGUUUGUCUUAUGAGUCUCUCUGCAGUGUCGCUGCCGUAGUGUGUCAGCGUUCUGUUUUUAUGGACACCUACGCAAGGACUGUGGUGGGACAUGACGUGCUCUGGGAAUGCUCACAUUCCCCAAGCAACCAAUCAGGUCUUUCCUUGCAAAUGUCUAAAUAUGGGGGAGUCCCUCAUCUCUCCUUGGAAUUCUACCUGGACCUUCUCCUUCUUUUGGUCAACUGA